AUGUCCGCGGGUGACAUCUUCCUCGGCCUCAUCGCCAUCAUAUUCCCUCCUGUCGCAGUAUGGAUCAAAGCAGGCCUAUGUAGCGCCGAAUCCCUCAUCAACAUCCUCCUCUGCAUGCUCGGCUACCUACCUGGUCUCCUCCACGCCUGGUACAUCAUAGCCAAGAACCCUGAAUUCGAAUACGAAACGGUGCCAGAUAGCGAAGCCAACCAGCAAGGUGGUCGCGUCACCUACUACUAUGUCUCUCACGAAGGCAGACCACAGCGACAGCCGCAGAGACAACAGAAGUCAAACUACGGUACACAAGCACAAGCGCCACCUGUACCGCAGAACAAUAGACCAGCCAAUGCCGCUGGACCGAGUACAGGCGCUGGUAGCAGUGAAGCUGCUGCGCCACCGAGUUACGAUGAUGCUGUGAAAGGUGAUCAUAAGGUGCAGAGACAAGAAUAG